CCAAUGUAAUGUUAUAACAUUCCAAUUGCUAUCUAAGCUUCUAAUGGUCUGUACAUCUCCAUAAGUGAAGGGAUUGGCAAAAUAUUCUCAAAUCUGAAAAAAGGGUGUUUGCAGGCAUCCUCUGGAGGUUGUGUACGCACAAGAACAUUUUCAUGCCAGUCUAAAGUUUUGCCAAUCUCAAAUUGUGGAUCGAUUUUCAUGAUUAAUCCGUGGGAUCAAAUUUGUAUGAGCAAAAAUUCUAAAAAUGAGGCCUCAGGCCUGGUUAGUAUUAUCCUAAAUGCGUUAUUGUGAAUACUGCCACAUAUAAGUGCAAUAUUUCUCUUACACUCCCCCACCCUUACUCCCCGGCCACAUACAGACACACACACACACGCACGCACGCACGCACACGCACACACGCAAACACACUUUAAAUCAUAGAAUAAAUAUUUCCCCUUCUGUAGCAACAGAACAUUCUUCAGAUCUUUGGAAGGCAAGUACAGAAUACAGUAUAAACAAGUUUCAUGUACACAUCAAUGUUUCUGUUGAGGAAUGGCGUGGUUUAAGCAGCUGACACGUCCUCUGCAGUACAGCAGAGCUUCCCUGAAUAGAAGGAACAGAAGUGCAAGGCAUUGCUCUUCGGGGCUGCGUGAUCCUUCAUCACCGGUACCAAAAUCCAGUCGAAUUUUCAGGGAAUUCUCUACUCACAAGGAGCAUGGAGGCAGUGUCCAUGGUAACAACUCAGGCCCAAACCAUCAACAUCACAGAUGACAACUCAACAGCCUGGAGUCUUGUUCACACCAUAGUGCCACCGUACAUCUUCAUUGUGUGUGUGACAGGAAUAUUAGGAAAUGCCUUUGUCCUGCUAGUCUUUGCACUGCACAAAGCUCACUGGACGGUGCCAGAGAUUUACCUUGGUAAUCUGGCUCUAGCUGACCUCAUGCUUCUGGCCAGCCUACCUUUCUGGGCUAUGAACAUCUUGAACCGAUUCAACUGGCUAUAUGGGGAUUUUCUGUGCAAGGCAGUUAAUAUGUCCAUCACUGUCAAUAUGUACACCAGCAUCUACCUGCUGAUGAUGGUCACAGUUGACCGCUACUUGGCAAUUGUUCGAACCUUGACCGCGAGAUGGAUGAGGAGGACUCGCUACGCCAAAGUGAUCUGCCUUGUUUUAUGGCUGUUUGGGUUUGCCAUGACGACGCCCAUGGUCAUUCAUAGGAGUGUGAAAUAUGUUCCGGAGUUCCAAACAGUGGCCUGCUUAAUUAAUUAUCCCAGAGAAUCGUGGAAACUUGCCAACCACAUUUUAAUGAAUCUCAUAGGACUUUUGCUGCCUUCAACCAUUAUAGUUUUCUGCAACUGUAAGAUUGUGAUAGCCCUGAAAGGGAGGAAAGAACAUGUCUUUGCUCAGGACAGGAAUGACACCAAGGCUAUCAAACUGAUUUAUGCAGUCUUGUUGCUGUUCUUCAUAUGCUGGUGUCCUUUCCACCUUUUCACCUUCCUUGAUCUGUUGUGUGAUCUUCACAUAUUGGACAUUGACUCAUGGUAUCACGCCCUUGACAUUGGGAACCAAUUUUCAACUUACCUAGCUUUUCUGAACAGCUGCCUGAACCCGGUGCUCUAUGUUUUCACUGGCCAGUAUUUCAGAAAGAUGAUAGCGGAUAUCUGCAGAAGAAAAAAGGCUCGCAGCCAUUCACACGACUUGGCUCAGCAGCGUUCAGUCGUAUCAACAUACCUCCUGCGCAUUGAUCAAUUAAGCCCUGCUUUGUUUUCCGCAAACAAAUAAAAAUCUAAUCCGCAUGUACAAGAAAACAAAGCAGUUACACAGGGCCAUGUAAUAAACACAAUAGUUACCGAGGAAAUUAAGAAGAUGAAAAAAUUAUUGAUCAACUGGAACAAAAAAUAUAACAAAAACAAACUGAAUAUUUACACUCCCCAGAUUACAUUUGUGCACUGUUUAGGUUAAAUGUAUCUUUUCCAGGCCUCAAGUGAAGCGAAGGAUUGCAGAUUCCAGCUCUGUGUAUUCUGUGUUGAUAAAUUUCAGAGGGAUCCCUUCCUGGCACUGUUUCUUCCAUUUAAAGGCCUGAAAUAAU